AGAUCGCAGUUCCCUUAAUAUCAGAGUAGCCUCGCCUCAACUAUCUCGGUUGGCUGGCAGGUCGCAUUGAGCGUAGUUCAGCAGCUGUAGAAGUAAACCAGAAAGUGACUCGAAAUAAUUGAACAAAAUUCCAUCCAGUGACAUGUCCGAACUGCAAGCAUCGCUACUGCUCAAUCGCCAGCUCUCCGAGCUGCAGCGCAAUCCCGUCGAGGGAUUCUCCGCCGGCCUGGUCAGCGAUUCGGACAUCUUCAAGUGGGAGGUGGUGAUCAUCGGUCCGCCGGACACUCUGUACGAGGGCGGCUGCUUCAAGGCGCACUUGGUCUUCCCCAAGGAGUAUCCGCUGCGUCCGCCGCGGAUGAAGUUCGUCACCGAGAUCUGGCAUCCGAAUAUCGACAAGGCCGGCGACGUCUGCAUCUCGAUCCUUCACGAGCCAGGCGACGACAAGUGGGGCUACGAGAAGGCCGAGGAGCGCUGGCUGCCGGUCCACACCGUGGAGACGAUCCUCCUCUCGGUGAUCUCCAUGCUCACCGAUCCCAACGACGAGUCGGCCGCCAAUGUGGACGCGGCCAAGGAGUAUCGUGAGAACUACGCCGAGUUCAAGCGCAAGGUCACCCGGUGCGUCCGUCGAAGUCAGGAGGAGGUCUAAUCGGUCUAAUCGUAAGUCCCGGAAAACAAAAACAGAACAGGAGGCGACAGUCGAAACAAUCCAGUGCGGUCCACAUGCUAAUCACGUGAAUAAAGAGAGCAACUAGUUGAAGUCUA